AUGUGGGAUCAGUUCAGCAACGGCAUAGAAACCAUCGUAAGGCAAGUUUGCUUGCGGGAAUUGGCACAGAAAAAAGAAAUAUCAGUAGGUUACUAUGGAGACAAAUUACUCAGUGCUACAGAGAAGCGACGUCAUCUGAAGACCAAUGAAUUCGUCUCUGAGAACGACACAUCCACCUAUGAAGAACCACCAAUGGAGAGGCAUCCUCGCGCAUUUGGUCGCAACGACUAUCUUCUUCCAGAAAACUUCGAAACACUUCGACGAUCUGAUAUUCCUGUCACAUAUCGCCUUCAUGAUGAUCUGCUUAGGUAUUACAGGUGA